AUAUUAGACUUGGAGAAGAUUGUUAAUAAUCUCUUAAGAUGGGUGCAAAGCAAUCAAUUAAGAAUCCAAAAAAUAGAGAGCGAACGUCUGUGAAGACAGAAGAACCAAGCAAGCUAAGACCAGAAAGAAGCAAAACUGAUGUCAAUUAUAAUGCAGAAACUACAAAAAUAAGAGUCCAGCCUCCAUAUAUAAGACCUCAGCUUCCAUAUUAUCUGAAUGACAUCUUGAAAGAAGCAGACUCUCCGUUGGAGAUUGAUAUAUUGUCCACAGAGCGACUAUAUGAACAGCUAUAUAAUGGAGUCCACCUCAAACAAAAUAAGAAGAAGUACUGGAUUGACAGAACGAAUAACGCAAACUGCUUUAUGUUAUAUGCAAAAGAUCUCUCAAUCACUUGGGGAGAAGACAAUCGUUACUGGGAUUGGGUAGAUAUAAAAGAGACAAGUGAUGAAAAAAUUUUAGCAGCAGAACUAAAAACUGUGUGUUGGCUGGAAGUUUGUGGGAGGUUUGAUACAGAAGCACUUACGCCAGAAAAAUUGUACGAGGUAGUGUUCGUGGUGAAGAUAAAAGAAAAUGCAGAUGGACUGGAAUCAAUUACAUUGAGGCUUAUCAUCCCAAAUAAGUCAAGCAACGAUGUUACAGUAAAUCUGAUGAAUGUAACAGAAAGAGAAAAAUGGAUAGAAGUGCCAGUAGGUGAGUUCUUCACGAUCAGUGAGAUUAAGAGGAAGAAGAAGAGGGAGGAGAUUGAAAUUUUUCUAUAUGAAACCGAGAAACUGAAUUGUAAACAUGGUUUAGUCAUCAAAGGUAUUGUUAUUUGUCCCAAAGUGUCCUGAGAUUUUCCGUCUGGGUGAUUUACAAGAAUGACUUUAGAGGUGGAUGAUCUUGAACUUAUAAUCUUGCUUGCCCCAUUAACAGAACAUCAAGUUUCGACUUUUGGCCUUGAAGGUUUACCCAUGUGGCAAAAGUUCAAGACCAGCUAUUUCCAAGGUCAUUAGGUGUUAAUUUCCUAAAGAAUAAGAAGCUUAUGUAAUUUAUUUUGGAGAUAUAAGUUUGUUCAGUUCGAAAUUCAGUGACUAAUGACCUGCCA